AUGGAAGUGUCUAAUGAAAUUAAGGAAGAUAUUCGCAAAACUCAGUCAGACUUAAAAAAUGCAAUUAGAGUUCAUCAAAUUUGGGUUGCGCGUCUUCAAGAAGACGAAAAUAAUAUUCACCUGAAAUCAAAAGUUAAGGAAGCAGAAAAUGAAAUAAUUGCAAUUGGACAAAAUCAAAAGCAAGUAGUUGAUAGAUUGCGCAGAGAAUUAGAAUUGUAUCAACAACGCCUCAAAGCAAGAAAUAAGCAAGUCAGUAUUGAAAAUGAGACCCGUUAUGUAGCCCAGCAGUUGAGGGAUCACCAGAUACAGUAUAGAAAAAGAAAUAGAUUCGUGUCAUUAUUAAAGCCAUCUGUACUUAAUGAAAUCUAUGUAAAAACUGAAAAUAAUGAAAACAUACAUAACACUUUUGACUCAGAAAAUGAAUUAAAAUUGACUAAUGAAAAAGAAAAUGCAAACAAAAGUGAUAAUGAUGAUAAAUAUAAAUAUCAAAGUAACUUUUCUCAAUUGUCAAAUGAUGUGCAUGAUAGUAGAAAUAAUUUUGCUAAUGCUUUUAACAAGGUUAAAGAAUCACUAAGUGGAACAAAAGAUAACAAUAGAGAAGAAUGGCAGGAUCACCGAUCAGAUUCUGAUUCAUCACAAGGUAUUGAACCAUCACCUACCCCAUCACCUCCACCUUUACCAGAACCUGGAGAACCUGUGCCUAAAGAAAUUUUUAUGAGGUUAAUAGGCUUGGUAACCCCUUCUCAAAAAGAACUAUUAGAAAAGAAGAGGAAUGAGCGCCGUAAAAGAGCUACUACUAGUACAAAUAGGAAUGAUUUUCUGUAUGGGAAUUUUGAUAUGGCGUCAAAACGUAAAAAGUAUAACCAGUAUCCAUAUCUACAGUCACACAGUGAUCCUCCUCAAACACGUUCUGCAAAGUUAAGAAAACAACAGAAUCAAAAUAAAUCAUCGCGCGAGGGAUCACCAUCAGGAUCAUCCUCAGAAAAUAAAGGUUGGGGAAGUAACAAACCGGCUUGGGCCUCCUCAUUGCCAGCCGGUCUGUCAGUGGAACCAGUACAAUCUCCAACGAAGAAAGUAUGUCAUGGAUGUGGAAGAAAUGAUGUGCUGUCGCUGCUGGUGUGGUGUGCGUCGUGUUCAGUGUGGCAGCACACGGGCUGCGGCGCCGACGGCCGCUGCGCCGGCUGCCGCUCGCCGCUGCCCGACCCCGCCGCCUGCCCGCCCGCGCACCACGCCCAGAUGUUCCGAGAUAAACUAGCUGAGAGAAAACGUUUACAGGAAAAAAAUAUAGAGCUCUGUGAAGAGUUGCGAAAACUAGAAGCGCGAGCAGCUACUUUGAAGGAGAACUUGGACGAACACAAUGCAGAAAAAAGACAACUGCUCGCCGAUCAGAUCAAGACACAGAGAAACCUCCAGAAGCUGCUAGACUUCAUCAGUCAAUUUAAAGAGACGUCCAUCAGCAUCCGUUCCACUUCUACCAGUGAGUCUGGUAGUGAAUUGAGUAAAAGCAAUGAGGAUUGA